AUGGAGCCGUCAAUCGACUUGAUAAUCUCAGAGAAAGAAUCCAAGGAAGUGCUUCAUGAGCCCGCAGACAUUCAUUUGAGCCCCGCCGCAUCCGAGGAGAAACUGCAAUUUCCAGGCAUUAAAGAGGAAACUGACGUUCUAGUUGACCGUGUCCCUACCCCCUCCUCAUUCCGGCGUUGGGUGAAUAGCUUGCGGCCGAAGAAGACGCCUCCUAUCUCUCAGCGAUUUAUCGAAGGAUGGCAGUUCAGCCCGCGAGGUAGCUACGACAAUGCAUACCUCUCGCCUCGCAAUGGGUCCCAGGAGCAAUGGGAGAAACAGUCCGGAAACUCUUCGCACCUCGGCACCAUGAAGACGACGACAGUCAGCGUGACCAGUCAAAGUGUCGUGAGGUCAAGACGCAACACGCAGAGCACCACCAAUCGAAGCGUGAAAUCAGAUAUUCGUACCUCAGUUGACAGCAUAAGGCCGGUGCUGAGUACACUAAUCGACGAGGAAGCCCAGAACCGCGCUCUAAGGAGACGACAAGUCCUCCAAGAAAUAAUCACAACCGAAUCGGACUAUAUAUUCGGCCUUAAAGCUCUCACGAACUUACUUCUAUACAUAGCAGCGCGCCCUGAAAUCUACCACAAUGUUCAACACAUUCGCGAGACCCACGAGACCUUUCUGAGACGGAUCCAAAGCUUGGUGCCCAGCUCGAAUCUAUCUCGAACAGAACUUGAAAGGAUAAUGCUCCAAGGGGUUCCGAAACGGUCUCUGCCUGUCGACCUUAGCAUCAAAGCCCUUCAACCUCGGUCGCUGAGAACCCGCAGUCUCAAGUCAUCUACCAACCGUCGUCUUACGGAGCUGGCCGCGGAAGCAAACGAGGCUUUAGUGGUUGCUCGAGAGAUUGGAAUUUUGUCAAAAUCCUUUGUUCAUUACAAGGAGUUCUGCGGAAACUAUGAACUACUGGUAGAAGAUACUGCCCUUUUACGCAAAUCGGUUCGAAACUGGCCAGAGUUUGAAUCAGGCAUCGAGGCUUUGACUAAAUCGGCAGCGUCCAUGGAAACUCGGACGCUCUACGAAAACAAAUCGCUGUGUCUGAAUGAUAUACUCAUAAAACCAGCCCAGCGUCUUUGCAAGUAUCCUCUUUUGCUCCAGGAACUGUUGAAAUGGACUCAUAUCCAAGACGACCCGUCCGUACAUGACGAGAUUCGACAAAUUCUGGAUAACGUUCGCCACGUACUUGCGGAUAUCAAUGAAGCCACGGCGGGCACCCUGGACAGGGACUUGAUACGCAAAACUUUCCUUCUCCAGGAGAUGGUUGACUCAAAAUCGACUGUUGUCAUCGACAUCUACAAACAAUUUGGGCCCAUGACUCUUUGCGGCGUUCUACACGUCACCUAUCAGGCAUCUCACCAGGUAACGGGAGCUUACAUGGUGUGUGUACUCUUCAAACAUCACUUUUUUCUCGCCAAAAUGAACGAUGAAUACCGAAAACUCCGCCCCCUUGCCUGUCUGUACAUCUCCGACGUGAGGAUCGACAGCUUGGCGAAUGGUAAAGGCCUUGAGUACUUUUGUAUCUUCUCUUGGAAGUUGCUUUUUCAGCGUCACGGCGAAAAGUUCGAACUCGUUUUGAGCGCCUCAUCCGCAACGGAAGAAAAGCAAUGGAAAACUGGAAUUCUCAAGUCGGUGGCGGCCUCGGUCGAUAAGCCUAAUGCAGUCUCCUCGGAACUGCGGGCGAGCUCGUUUGUAGCACUUGAUCUUGUUCCGAUUCCCGACACCUCGGACCUUACGCCUCAGUUGUCUCGACGACCCUCUUUACAAACCUUGGACAUGCCUCGGAUCCGGUCCAAGCUGCAACUACAGCCCAUAAUCAUCAAGAAGACCCAUUGCCCACAUAAGCAUGGUCAAACUCAACAAAUUGACGGCGAGCUAGAGCGCCCAAAAGUCCCGCCUCCAUUUCCGGCGCUCAUACUCACGGCCAGAAGGCAGGAUAGGAUUCGCCUGGAGCGAGCCAUUCUGCCUUUUUACACACGGGAUACGCUUCCAUACCCUGGUAUGUUUCUGGCGACUGGUGACAUACUAUUUGGCCCCGGUUCAAUCAUGAGGCAUUUGAGCCUCAGGGCCAAGCGAUACCGACGCUCUAGCUCUAUAAACCUACCCUUGCAGAACGUCAGCGAGCCUCAAGAUAUUGACAAGAUGGAGGAGAAAACCCAGUACAACAAAAAGCGGAAACGGCGUGACGCUUCGGAUGCUAGUCACAAUCUUGAUCCAGAAAAGGUCUGGUCACUACGCGGAGACAGCUCGAUUGAAUUCAUCGGUCGUUCUAAGACCCUAAGAGCGAAGACCAAUCCCAGGCGGACCAGCUUUAACACAAGCCCACAGCCUGUAUUGAAGAGGGACAAGAGCUCUGAGCACUCCGAGACUUCUCCUCGAAAAGGUAUUUGGUCGCUGUUCUAUUCUAUGUCGUUCCGAAGGUCAAAGAAGUCUGCUCGACCAAGCCUCAGUGGAGCAUGA